AAGUGAGAGAGAGAUAUAAGGGCUUAGCAAAUGUGUGAAAAGGUCACAUGGAUGGAUAUAUUUUCUUCUCUCCUGGCUAACUGAUGCAUCUCUGUCUGCAGUUACGAACGACAGCAGCAGUGAUGUGGAGUGGUUGGCUAAUUCCUGUUCUCUUCCUUUCUGGCACUUGGCCAAGUCACGCACUCUCAGGUCUGUCCUGUGUAAAUGACUUCUUCACCAAUAUCACAUGUGAAUGGCACAAUGCAACACAACAUGCUGGCCAAGUCUGCCGCCUUCAUGCAAGCAGAAAUACAUACAAGGGAAAUCAAGAGGAAAGUUGUUUUUUACAGCCAUUAACAUUUCAUUCUAAUGGUGCAACAGGCUGCUGGAUUUCCUUUGAGUCACUGGACUUUUCAUUUGCAGAAAAGGUCAGUUUAAAGGUAGCCUGUAAUGACACUGCAGUCUUUGGUCCGAACAACUAUCAGCCUGGCCGUAACAUUAAACUGCGUCCACUGGACAGGCUGAGUGUUUCCAAGGGAAACAUCAGCUGGAGCAAAGGAGCCAAAUCUAUCAUGAAUUGUGAAUAUCAGCUACAGUUCAAGUCUGUAUCACAAAUCUGGGAGGAAGUUCAACCAAGGAAGGUGUACCAUACUUUUGUUGUACUGGACAGUGACUCACUGACACUGGGUGAUCAAUAUGAGGCCCGAGUCAGAGUGAAGCCUGUAAAGCCUGAAAAUAAUGGCCAGUAUCUUGGCCACUGGAGUGAGUGGAGUGCCUCCAUCAACUGGACGUCAGAAAUAGGAAGAAACAAAAGCUUAAUAGACCAGAACCCUCAGGAUACUGGUAUACUUACAUCAGGACUGCUGACGGUGUUUAUACCAGUAAUCCUGGUUCUACUCACUUCAAUCAUUGUCUGUGCAGUCCGCAGAUAUUACUGUAUGUCAAAAGCAGGCAAUGAACAUGUUCCUGAUCCGUCCAAAUACUUUCAGCCUCUUCUGUCCAUCCACGGAGGAAACUUUCAGAAAUGGCUGGGCCCUCAGCACUCCACCCCCUCGUUCCUCACUCCUCAGCCAUGUGACUGCAAUAUCUCACCUGUGGAGGUCUCAGACGUUUGGGAAGACCCUGUGGUCAGCGCAAUGGCACAUUUCCACAACAAUCCCAUGCCCUUGUCUCAACAAACAAGCGGUGACAGCCAGUCGUCAUCUGGCUUCUCCAACAUGGGCUACUUCUACAGCGAAACCCAGCCAGGAUCUCUGUCCUUAGAGACAUGUUCAGUGUACUUCACCUACCAGCCUGAAGGGGGCAGCAAUGACUCUCUUCAGUCCUCAUCCUCCUAUGAGCGCCUGCAGGGGCAAGAUCAACAGCAAGGAGAACCCUCAAGCCCUGACUCUGGCUUUGGCAUGGGAGGAGAAGAAGAAGAAGAAGAGGAGGAUGAUGAAGAAAGCAAAGAAGAAAAGAAGGAAGAAGAAGAGAGGAAAGAGGAGUGCAGUGGUGUCAACAUCCAGCAUUUGGUCUCGUUUGUUCUCUCCUUACCAGAAAGCUCGAAAAAAAUCAUUUCCACAGCUGCUACCCACAUCCCAUUGAGUUUUGCCCAGCUGCCGGAGCUCUCGCCCUGUCCUGAAGAUCCUGAAGUAGCUGCUGCUGGCAGCAGUAACACCUCCGAGGCUCCAGAGAGUGCUGUGGUUCGACCCUCUUCUAUGGUGGUACAGCCAUGCAGCAGUGGCUACUUAACCCUGAAGGAGAUGCAGAAAUACAGCAAUAAAUCUAUUUGACUUAAUAAUGAUCCUUACAGAGGAAUUCCACCAAAAAAUCCUUCAUGAUUAAAUCAUUAAGGUAAACAAAGUCAUUCAUGGAAGUUUAACCAUUCUAGAAAUGCAUACAGAGCCAGGGUUGUUCACAGUGAUGAAUGAAGCAUCAAAUGCCUCUAAAAGCUACGUCAUGGAAAGCUAUUGCAUGAAAUGGUUAUGAACACAUUGCACUGUUGUCAGAAGAAAACCUUGCAUCUCUAUUCAUGAUGUUUUUGACAUAAUUCGAAAAUACCAUUUACAUUGCAAGUCAAUGUCAUCAUGAAUGGACUAAAAGAAAUGACCUAAAAUUACUUGGAAAAAAAGUCUGGUUCUAUUGACUUACAAUAAAAGUAAAGUAGGUUUUGUCCUUUGUCACAGUGCAGGGCAUUGUGAAGCAGAAUCGUACCCAAAAAGAAUGUAUUUUUUUAAAUGAGCAAAAUUUUAUCAUUCUCAACAUUACAGAGGUGUACUUUGUAUAGUAAGUAAAAUGUCUUUAUUUGUUUUGUAGACAUCACAACUCCUGGUUCCUAUCACCACCACUAGAACCUUAAAUCACUAAGUUGGACUUUUUCGCACCAAAUCACCCUGAAUGACUUUGUUUACAUCUCAAGGAUGGAGAAAUGUUGAAGCCCUUAAAAGGCUCAUGCUGUGUGAAACUGUGUUGACGUGUUUGGUGUCUGAAGUUUGCUUCUUUAGUUUUGGACUAGAACUAUGAGUUUAGUGAAGCUGACAAGUAACAGACGUUUAAUAGAGGUGUAACGGUUCACCCCUUUCAUGGUUUGUUUCAUGAUUUCUGGACCAUGAUUCAGUUUGUAUCACAGUACAGCUUGGAAAAAUGUAACUUUAAACCUUAGUUUAUGAGUUUUUUUCAAAUGUUUUUAAGAUACAAGAAAGUAUAAACCAGAAGUUCUUUCAAAGAGAGAUUAAAGCAAAUUACUUUUAAAAGCUCCAGACAUCAGUAGAACAAAACAUCAGGUCGAAUAAAAAAUGUUAAAAUCAAGAGGCAGAGCAAUUUUACCAAUCAUUAAUUUUAAAAAAUCUAACCAUCACUGAUUUUAUAUAGACAAAGAGUGGAAAAACUUGAGAUAUCCAGAUAUCCAUAAUAAUUGCAAUGAAUUGUGCCUUACCCAGGUCUUUACAAAGUUCUGCCAACUGGCAUUUCUGCAAGAGUUGGUAGUGUCAUCAGUGGCUUGUAUAUAAUGGAACAUGCAGUGUGCUCUACCAGCAAGACAAAAAAUACUGGCUCACUUUUCACCACAUUGGCUGUUAAACCAUGGAUUUGGGUUUUCGUUCAGAGCCAUUACACCAUUAAAGCUUAUAGCCCAACAAUCAGCAUUAGUCACCACACACUUGCCUUAACUUGUGUUAUGUAUUUUCAAGUAGACAAGUUCAAGCUGUUUCUGAGGUAGUAUAGGAUACUAUUAUUUGAAAAAUUGGUAAAAAUUACAGACAAAAUUCAGGCUUUAAGACAGCUUCUACUAUUUUAGCUCUUUGUUCAUCAGUGGAGAACCAGUUUGUUUACCAAAGCUUGUUACAUCAGUCUCAUUACUUGUCACAUUAGUCUCAGAGCUCCAAUGCAAAAUGAAAAACCUAAUGUUCCAACAUGUAACAUAAAGCCUUCCCAGAGGAUUAGAGGCUGUUACUGCUAAAACUCUCUAUUAAUACCCUAUGUUUCAGAAGAAAUGUUGGAUGAACAGGUGUCUAUACACUUCAGGGUUUAAUGUAAUGUGGUUACUUUACUUGUUACAUGAAGCUCUAGCACAGAACUAAUGAAGCAAACUGGGAGGAGGGCGAUGAGUGGGGAUUUUUCACAAUUAAAUUAUGGUUGUGAUAAAAUUCUUGUUGACCGAUGAAGACGUUUCUACAUUUCAAAUGGAGGAGAUGUUGUAGCUAAAUCUCUGAAGUGGUAGACUGUUUUACAAAAUGUCAGCAUUGAUAUAACAUGUAAAGUGCACAUUAUUAAGAGAUCAUUUUUAAAAAGUGUUAACCUCUUUUUUUGUGUUACAAUCUUUUUGUGUUACUUCUGUUCAUAUCUUGCUCAGCUGGCAAUCCAAAGCCUGCACUGAAAAAAAGAAAAAAAACAAAAAAACCUGAAUGGAGGUUUGUGAACAUAGCAGAGAUGUGCAUUUGGACAUUAUCACUAAGUGACAUGUAACUAAUCAGUUGUAGUCUUUUUAUUUUUUGCUUCCGUAUCUGACAACCCAGUACACAUGGGCCAGAUGGGGACCAGACAGAGGUUUGCCCUAAUUCAGGCUGCUAAUAAAACCAACUGAUUUAGAUAUAG